AUUUUGGGGCCAAACACAGAGAGGACUAACAGUCAGCGACCCAGGUCCACCCAUCCCUCUCAACCCCCCGGGUGUCGUCAUACCCCGUUUAGUCACCUUUCCAACUCUUAGCACCAACAACCGUUUACCUGUCUCCGAGAUUCCAUCCCUAGAAGGGGAGUCUUCCUUGUGAUUUUCCCUGUUCUUCUUCCCAUCAUCCAUGCGAGUCACGCAGCCAAAUCCACCAUGAGUACCAUACAGAGCCUUAAAAAUUUCAUCCGCCAUGGGAAACAAGCCCGCGCUGGUACCCCUCAUGGCGAACCUACCACCAAUGUCACCGCCGUCCACGUGGAGCGCCAGAGAGAACCACAGUCACAGCAGCCACAAUAUGCCGGGUUCGGUGGCCUUGAUCACACGGCCGCGAAGUACGACCAGAAACACCCGCAGCCGUCGCAGCAGGAGUCCGCCGCUACCGUGAAACCCUCUCGUGCCCAUGAACAGGAGAUCGAACAGAUUGUUGCCGAGGAGAAAUUGAACAGCUCUACAAUGCCUUCCUACCCGGGCCUGGAGCGCUGGAUACUACUAAAGAAGAUGGGCGACGGUGCGUUCAGCAAUGUGUACCGCGCUCGGGACAGCACAGGAAAAUACGGCGAGGUCGCGAUCAAGGUGGUUCGCAAGUUCGAGAUGAGCGCCAAACAGGGAGAUCGUCAUCUUCAUCCGGACCUCAAAAAGAAGCCUCACGUAGUAGAGCGAGCCAACAUCCUCAAAGAAGUUCAAAUAAUGCGCCAGCUAGAUCAUCCAAAUAUCGUCAAGUUGAUCGAAUUCUCCGAAUCUCGACAAUUCUACUACAUCGUCCUUGAAUUGUGCCCCGGCGGCGAGCUAUUCCAUCAGAUCGUUCGUUUAACCUACUUUAGCGAGAAUCUAAGCCGUCAUGUCAUCGUUCAGGUUGCAAAGGCGAUAGAAUAUUUGCAUGAAACGUCCGGGGUCGUCCAUCGCGACAUCAAACCUGAAAACCUAUUAUUCUAUUCCAUCCCUCAUGUUCCGACAAAAAAUCCCAAGCCUCCCGUCCCUGGUGAAGAAGACAAGGUGGAUGAAGGAGAAUUCAUCCCAGGAGUCGGUGCGGGCGGAAUUGGCACGAUCAAAGUUGCCGAUUUUGGUCUAUCAAAGGUCAUUUGGGACAGUGAAACAAUGACACCAUGUGGCACGGUCGGUUAUACGGCUCCUGAAAUUGUCAAAGACGAGAAAUAUUCUAAGAGCGUCGACAUGUGGGCCCUGGGAUGUGUUCUCUAUACACUUCUGUGCGGUUUUCCUCCGUUCUACGACGAGAGUAUCCAGACCUUGACCGAGAAGGUUGCGCGUGGCCAGUAUACAUUCUUGUCCCCCUGGUGGGAUGAUAUCUCAAAGUCUGCGCAAGAUCUUGUGUCACACUUACUUACGGUCGAUCCCGAAAAACGCUACACAAUUCGUGAGUUCCUAAACCACCCAUGGAUCCGUCAAACAAACGAGGAGACGCACGCAGCGGAGGAUGCCCCGCCACUAGCUACCCCUCUGGCGAUCCAAAAUCAACUUCUCGAGACACCUUUUAACGACAGAAGGGUUGAUUUCCGCUCCCCCGGCGCAAUAAACCUUCGUGAAGUCUUUGAUGUCGGAUACGCCGUCCAUAGGCAAGAAGAAGAAGCCAAGCGGCGGAAAAAUUUCAAACAAGGCUACCGUGGUGCCAACAUGGCAGGACCCUACCGGGGCGACCUCAAUCCCGUCACAGAAGACCAUGACGAUGAAUACGACGACGAUGAUGAUGAAGAAAUGCUUUAUUACGACCACGACAACUAUGCCGCUGCUACAUCCUCUCUCCCGUCCAAGGUCCGUCGCACAGAUGCUACCGAUGUAGCAGGAAUGGAAUCAAAGCUCCGUGCAACAAACUUGGGAUCAUCGCAGCCGAGUGCCGCAGCACAGGCAAGACAAGCAGCUGCCGGUGCGGGUCAAGGACGCAGAUAUCAUCACUAUCAGCAACCUGGCGGGUAUGGACAACACAGCGCCGCCGUUGCAGCAGCGGCACGGGAGAAUGCGGCUAGAUCGGCGAACCAGCCCUUCGAACUGAGUCUGGACAAUGCGACCUUGUUGGAGAGGAGAGGACGGCGGCUAGGACAGGCCGCUUCGUAAAGAGAAAAAAAGAAACAUGAAAAAAAUUCCGAAAAUUGGUGUCCUUUCUAUCUUCCCCUUUUCUUUUGUUUGAAACUAAAGGCUUCAAUUAUUGGGGCUUGACGUCCGGGUUUGGUUUUCCGGUGUUAUUUUGUAUUUUCUUUUGCAUUUGCGCCAUCUGCGCCAUUCGAUACUGCACGCGAGAGUUGGGCUGUAGAUACCAGAGUAUACAUACUUUUAC